UUAUCUUCGCAUUUCCUGUUUCCUGAUUUUUGUUUGUUUGUUUUUUUUUUUUUUUCCUUCAUUUUGAACGAUAAUCGAUCUAAAAUAUCUACAGGAGGAGAAAAAUUGGAGAAAGAGAAGAGAGAGAAAGAGAGAGAUAGAGAGAGAGAGAGAGAAGUGAGAUAUAGAGUGUAAUAAGAUAGCAAAAGGGAGGAUAUUAGGAUAAUAAGAAAGAGUGCGGAAAAGAAAUCGGGUGUUAUGGGUCUAACCGAUACGAGUUUUGAGUUACUUCUGACUCUUUGGCGAGUCUCCAUUGUGGGAGUCCUCUGGAGCAACGUAAGGACUCGCACCGAUCAUCGUGGCCUUUUCUCCUCCAUACAAUUCGUCGAUUCUCUCGUUCUUCAUUGCUAAUCGACGCUGAAAAAGACAGAAAGAAAGAGAGAUAGAGUGAGAAAGUGAGAGAGAGAGAGAGAAAGAGAGAGAGAGAGCGAGAGAGAGAGAGAGUGAGAAAAAAAAAGACAGAGAAAUAGUUUUAAUCAAGGUGAAUCCUCAGCACCAUGUCGUCGAGGGUGGUAAAGAGCUCGAAGCUCGACGAAAACGUCGAACGUAGAGAAACUUGGUCUGGAAAAGUCGACUUUCUUUUAUCGGUCAUCGGCUUUGCGGUCGAUCUUGCGAACGUUUGGAGAUUUCCUUAUCUCUGUUACAAAAACGGCGGUGGUGCAUUUCUGGUCCCAUAUUGCAUCAUGUUGAUCGUCGGUGGUAUACCAUUGUUUUACAUGGAACUUGCCUUGGGUCAAUUCAACAGGAAGGGUGCAAUAACGUGUUGGGGUCGAUUGGUACCAUUACUCAAAGGAAUCGGUUACGCCGUUGUCCUAAUCGCUUUCUACGUCGAUUUCUAUUACAACGUGAUAAUUGCUUGGGCACUUCGUUAUUUCUUCGCCUCCUUCUCCGGAAUGUUACCUUGGACGACUUGCAAUAAUCCAUGGAAUACGCCACUAUGUCGUGAGUUCGACGUUAACGUUUCUUAUGCCAUUGGUGAGCCACCACGAUCUACGAACGACAUUGAUUUUGAUCUGACUUACAACAUAACUGGAGUAUUUGCGGACGAUGAUCCUUUCGAUAUUCUUGCACUUAGUUCGACGAAAAACAAUACCAAACACACCAGCGCAGCUCAGGAAUACUUCAAUCGCGCCAUUUUGGAACUUCACGAGAGUGCUGGUAUACACGAUCUCGGAACUAUCAAAUGGGACAUCGCAUUAUGUCUGUUGGUGGUCUACCUAAUAUGUUAUUUCUCACUUUGGAAAGGUAUUUCUACGUCGGGAAAGGUGGUCUGGUUCACAGCUCUUUUCCCGUAUGCGGUAUUACUGAUUUUAUUGAUUCGAGGUGUUACAUUGCCUGGAAGUGCCGAAGGGAUUCGUUAUUAUCUUAAUCCAAAUUUUUCUGCGAUAACCAAAGCUGAGGUUUGGGUUGACGCUGCUACUCAAGUGUUCUUCUCGUUGGGACCAGGAUUUGGGGUAUUGUUAGCAUACGCGAGUUAUAACAAAUAUCACAACAAUGUUUACAAGGACGCCUUAUUAACGAGCGUUAUCAAUAGUGCAACCUCGUUCAUAGCAGGAUUCGUGAUUUUUUCGGUAUUAGGAUACAUGGCACGUGCCAGUGGUAAAUCUAUUCAAGAUGUAGCUACUGAGGGACCUGGAUUGGUAUUUAUCGUUUAUCCAGCAGCUAUUGCAACGAUGCCAGGUUCAAUGUUUUGGGCAUUGAUAUUUUUCAUGAUGUUACUCACUCUAGGUCUUGACAGUUCGUUUGGUGGAUCCGAAGCAAUAAUAACUGCACUGAGCGAUGAGUUCCCUAUUAUAGGCAAUCAUCGUGAGAUCUUCGUUGCCUGUCUAUUCACUCUCUAUUUCCUUGUUGGACUUGCCUCUUGUUCGCAGGGUGGCUUUUAUUUUUUCCAUUUACUCGAUCGAUACGCAGCAGGUUAUUCGAUGUUGUUCGCGGUAUUAGCGGAAGCGAUUGCUAUCAGUUGGAUCUACGGAGCAGAUCGUUUUUGUGCUGAUAUUAAAGAUAUGAUAGGAUUUUCGCCUGGUUUAUAUUGGCGAGUAUGUUGGAAAUUCGUAGCACCGAUUUUUAUCAUGUUCAUCAUUGUCUAUGGUUUAAUGGGCUAUGAACCAUUAACCUACGAGGAUUAUGUAUAUCCAUUAUGGGCAAAUGUAAUGGGUUGGUUAAUUGCUAGUUCUUCGAUUAUCAUGAUACCUGGUGUCGCUAUUUACAAGAUCAUCGUUACUCCAGGCACAUUCGUACAGAGAAUAAAAAUUUUAACGACGCCAUGGAGGGACACGCAACAGAGGAACGCUGAUCUAUCGUCGGUGGCAAAUGGUGCCGUACGUCGAAGUUUCGUUGGCGAUCAAGAUUAUGCCAAUGUUAGCAAAGACAACGAAGAACUGACGAAAGAGCAAACCGAAGUGAUGAUUCAAUCGAGAGAAGGUAUCGAUGUCGAUCCACCACCAGAACCGGUCUAGGACAGUGCGAUCGUUGUUUUGCAUGGUGCUCGUUUUCGAGUAUAUCUUUGCUAAGACGAUUAUGUCGGAAAAUGAUUUAAAAAUUCGAUGGACCUAUUAUGACUUAAAAAAAAAAAAAAAAAAGAAAAAAAAAGAGAGAAAAAGAAAAAAAGAGAAAACUAAGAAAAAGAAGAAGAAGAAAAAGAAGAAGAAGAAGAAGAAGAAGAGGAAAAAAUUAAUAGAUCAAUCGUUCUUUAUUUUCUUCUUUAUCAAAUAACAAAAAUGGACGAGCGAUAUCGAACGCACUCACUUAAACUUUACGACGCGAUCUUCUUACGUGAGAUUUAAAAUGAAUUCAGAUAAAUAUAGAUAUACACACAUAUAUAUAUAUAUACAUAAAUAUAUAUAUGUAUAUAUAUAUAUAUAUAUAUAUAUAUAUACAGAUACAAAAAAUAAGCUAUAUAUAUGAACGAUCUCAAAUUACAAGCGUCGAUUGUAAAUAUUAUUACGAUGCUGCGCAUCGUUGCAAUGUCCCUUGCAAACACGUUAGUAGAUUAAAAGAGAAAAGAAAGAGUUAACAAAAGAAAAAAGAAAAGAAAAGAAAAGAAAAAAAAAAGAAAA